AUGGCAGAUAGCGCUACGACAACAGAAAACUGCUCCAGCUGCAUGAACCCAAAGAGCGGCAGCAACAGCGACGGCAAUAGCCUUGAUAGAUGCUUUGGAAGUGAUUUUUCGAGCAUAUCAGAAAGUUCCGGCGACGCUACUGAUUCUGACUACGAUGGUGACGACGAAAUGCUAUCUGACGAAAUGCUGUCCGACAACGGCAGUGCCGUGCCGGCGCGUAUACUGACAAAUCUAUUCACGGUCCGAAGCAACCCAGCAAGCGUCGCCAAGCUCAGAAGAGCACCUGUUGCGGUCAGCCUUUACGAUAUUAUCACCCCCGUCUUACGCUAUUCAUGA